ACGAUGGCUGCUGCUCUGAGAGACGAGCUGAGCUGCUCCAUCUGCCUGAGCAUUUAUACUGAUCCGGUAUCCCUGCCCUGUGGCCAUAACUUCUGCCGGGGCUGCAUUGGGGGGGUGCUGGGUGCCCAGGAGGGGUCUGGGGCUUAUUCCUGCCCUGAAUGCAGAGCUGAGUAUCAGGAGCGCCCUCCCCUGCCCAGGAACAGAGCUCUGGGGAACAUAGCAGAGAGGUUCCGUCCGACUGAGACAGAGCCAGGGGAGACUGGGAUCUUCUGCACUUACUGUCUCCUCUCUCCUGUACCUGCUGCUAAAUCCUGUCUCCUGUGUGAGGCUUCUCUGUGUGAUACCCACCUGAGGGGGCACUGCCAGUCAGCAGAACAUGUACUCACUGAGCCCACCGCUUCCUUUAUGGGGAGAAAAUGUUCUGUACAUCACAAGGUUCUGGAGUAUCACUGCUGUGAGGACUCUGCCUGUAUCUGUGUGGCCUGCUGCCUGGCCGGGGAGCACCGGGGCCACAGGGUGGAGCUGCUGAGUGAGGCCUCUGAGAAGAAGAAAGAGAAACUGAGGAAAGUUCUGGAGAAACUGAGCCCAGAGAGAGAGGAGACUGAGAGAGGAGCCCAGAGGCUGCAGGAGCGCAGGAGAGAAGUGGCAGAAGCGGCAGCCGGUGAGACAGAGAGAGUCACUGCCCUGUUUAGGGGCAUCAGGGAAGAGCUGGAAGCCCUAGAGAAGCGACUCCUGAGUGACAUCUCCAGGCAGAAAGAGGAGCUCACACUCACACUCACUGAGCUGAUCCAACAGCUGGAAAUAAAGAAGGACGAGCUGUCCAGGAAGAUCCGUCACAUUGAGGAGCUGUGCAACAUGGCAGAUCCACUCACUGUCCUACAGGAACAAUGGGAAUCCCAUGGAGCUGCCUUUUGUGGGGCUGAGGGGGCAGAUACAGAGGGCAGAGAGAGAGAGGGUACUGAGGGGGCAGAUACUGAGGGCAGAGAGAGAGAGGGUAUAAAGAUCCCGGCUGUAGUGGAACUGGAUGUGGGUCGGAUCUCAGAGACAUUACUCACAGGCUUAGCUGGGAUUGUGACUGGGGUAAAGGGAAGGAUCUAUGGGCAGGAGGCUACAGAGCUGGUACUGGAUAUAAACACGGCUGGGAAUCGUGUAUCUGUAUCAGGGGACGGGAAAUCUGCUUCCUACUCACAUACAGACCAGCGUCGCCCACAAACCCCAGAGAGAUUUCAGGUUUCUCAGGCUUUAAGCACCAGGAGUUUCCCCUCAGGGCGACAUUACUGGGAAGUGAAGGUCAGUGAAUCAGGGUGCUGGAGGGUAGGGGCGGCCUAUCCCAGUAUAGAGAGGGGAGUGUAUCGGUCCUACAUUGGGAAUAAUAACAAGUCCUGGUGUUUGUACAGAUGGAAUAAUAACUAUACAGUGAGACAUGACAGAAAAGACACACAGUUACCCCACGUCCCUUCCUGCAGGAGAAUCAGGAUCUCAUUGGACUAUGAGGCCGGACGCCUGUCCUUUUAUGAGCUGAGUGAGCCAAUCAGGCACUUACACACCUUCACUGCCUCCUUCACUGAGCCCCUUCAUGCUGCAUUCUGGGUAGGGGGCGGUGCCUGGGUGAGAAUCAUUAGUUAGGGCCCUGCCCACUGCCCAGCAGUCGCUCGCCCCCGUGUGCGCAUGAGCGAACGUGCCCCCUAAACUUGUGCCGCCCUAGGCCUGGGCCUUUGUGGCCUCACCACAAAUCCGGGCCUGCCUGUGAUGCCAGGAAAGGAAGGACAUUGGUCAUUGUAUUUAUGGAACUUAAAUUCCAUCCAGCUAAAUGCCAUUUCUGCCCCACCAGAUUGGAAUUUAUUGGAUGAGUGUGAGUGAUUUUUCAGAUGUCUCCAUAAAUACUAAACACAAAGGUCCCAGUUAUAACCAUAUAAACACAAGGUGGCACAUUAACCAAAGGUUGAACAGACAGUUCCCAGUUAGCCAAUCACUGCUCUGCACUCACUGAUUUCUAAACCACCAAUCAGAGGAACCUUCCCCUGAGUAACAACUACUAAUAGAAGUGCCUGUAUCUAGGGGUAAGAUAAUAAUCUUCAGACUCGUAAUAUUUUAUACAAAAAUAAAGAAUAUUUAUUGCUGUGUCCAAUGCACAAAGUAGAGGAGACAUGGUCAGUACAGUGUUAAAUGCAUAAAACAGUAGCACAGGGAGGCAGCACAGAAUGAUCUUGUCCUUAAAAUCCUAAUACCCCACUAAAUUACUCAAUACAAAGUCCAGAAGACUCUUUUAUCCACAAACUGAGAAAACUACUCCUUUAGUGCCUGUACCCGGAAGCAUUGAAUCCAGCCAGGUGCAGACACAUGCAGCCGUCACCCUCCAACUAACAGGGGACUUGGUGUGAGGAGACUAAGGGCUGAGGGUGCCUGCGUCUGGGCGGAGUCAGUGCUUCCGGGUGCAGGCGCAAUUAGAACAUUUUGUUAAGCGUGAGGGCGUAUUGUCAAUUUGCGCUUAUCCUAAGGCUGAUAAUACGCCCCGUGUGCCCCUUCCAGGAUAAGAACGGAGCUGUCACUUCCUUUGAUAUUUCAUAGCUCCGACUGCUGUGCAGAGAGGGGCAGGGGGAUUGCACUUUGUUCAUUGCAUUCGCUGAUGUAAAUGAGCCCCAAUGUCUCCUUCCUGCUGCAAAAUGUCAUUAUUAACCAGGAAACUGUUUUACAUGUUAUAUACCUUUAUAUUCAGCUAUAAUAAAAAAAGAAUGAUUA